AAUCCAUUGAAUUGUAUUCGAGAGUUGUACAUUACACACCCAAGAGCACGCCAGACGGCAUUGACUGUCGUAUCCAUUCAGCCAUAAGUACCACGAUCAGCGAAACCACUAUAGAAAUCAUGGCCAGCCUCGAGUCCGUUCUGCAGGGCGUCCAGGUCCUCGGCCCGGUUCAGGAGUCCCAACGCAAGAUCCUUACGCCCCAGGCCCUUGCGUUCCUUGCGCUGCUGCAGCGCUCCUUUAACCCGACCCGCAAGGCCCUCCUCGAGCGCCGCAAGAUCCGCCAGGCUGAGCUCGACAAGGGCGCCCUUCCCGACUUCCUGCCAGAGACCAAGCACAUCCGCGACGACCCAACAUGGACGGGCGCCCCCCCUGCCCCUGGUCUCGUCGACCGCCGCGUCGAGAUUACGGGGCCGACGGACCGCAAGAUGGUCAUCAAUGCCUUGAAUGCCAAUGUGUGGACGUAUAUGGCGGAUUUCGAGGAUUCGAGUGCCCCGACAUGGGACAACAUGGUCAAUGGCCAGGUAAACUUGUACGAUGCCGUCCGGCGUCAGGUCGACUUCAAACAAGGGGGAAAGGACUACAAGCUCCGGACAGACAGGAAACUGCCCACUCUGAUCGUGCGGCCGCGAGGCUGGCACCUCGAGGAGAAGCACGUCACGGUCGACGGCGAGCCCAUGAGCGGCUCGCUCUUCGACUUUGGCCUGUACUUCUACCACAACGCCUUUGAGACGGUGAAGCGCGGCUUUGGCCCCUACUUCUACUUGCCCAAGAUGGAGUCACAUCUUGAGGCUCGCCUCUGGAAUGACGUCUUCAAUGUUGCUCAGGACUACAUUGGCAUGCCCCGGGGAACCAUCCGUGGUACCGUGCUGAUUGAGACGAUUCUGGCGGCAUUCGAGAUGGACGAGAUCAUUUACGAGCUGCGGGACCACAGCUCCGGGCUCAACUGCGGCCGCUGGGAUUACAUCUUCAGCGUCAUCAAGAAGUUCCGCCAGAACUCCAACUUUGUGCUUCCUGAUCGCAGCUGCGUCACCAUGACGGUGCCAUUCAUGGAUGCCUAUGUCAAACUCCUCAUUCAGACCUGCCACAAACGUGGCGUCCAUGCCAUGGGUGGCAUGGCAGCCCAGAUCCCGAUCAAGGACGACCCGGCGGCCAACGAGAAGGCCAUGGAAGGAGUCCGCGCCGACAAGCUGCGCGAAGUGCGCGCCGGCCACGACGGCACCUGGGUCGCCCACCCUGCCCUGGCCGCCAUCGCCUCAGAGAUCUUCAACAAGCACAUGCCCACGCCCAACCAGAUCUUCGUGCGCCGCGAGGACGUGACGAUUGGCGCCAACGACCUCCUCAACAUGAAUGUGCCCGGCAAGAUCACCGAGGAGGGCAUCCGCAAGAACCUGAACAUCGGCCUCGGGUACAUGGAGGCCUGGAUCCGCGGCGUCGGCUGCGUGCCCAUCAACUACCUCAUGGAGGACGCCGCCACGGCCGAGGUGUCGCGCAGCCAGCUGUGGCAGUGGGUACGCCACGGCGUGACUACGGCCGAGGGCAAGCGCGUCGACAAGGGCUAUGCCCUCAAGCUGCUCAAGGAGCAGGCCCAGGAACUGGCGGCCAAGGCGCCCAAGGGCAACAAGUAUCACCUGGCCGCGCAGUACUUCUCGGGCCAGGUCACGGGAGAGGACUAUGCCGAUUUCUUGACUUCGUUGCUGUACAAUGAGAUUACGUCAGCCGGGACACCCAAGCCGGCUUCGAAGCUUUGAGACGGCCGUAGUCGGAGUGCGUCGGCAAUGAGGGAUUGUACGGGUGAUAC